UUUAUUCUCGAUUUGGUCGGAGCGCGAACGGAUGACGGUCUGUGAAGUUUCGUGUGUAUCGAUUUUUGAGUGAAGUGAACGUAGUGUUCGUGUCCUUUAGUUUAGUGACGUUUAUAAUAAAAAUAUCUGUGAAUGGGAUUGUGUAACAAGAUAAAACAUUUAUCUGGUGUGUGAUUGCCUGUAAAGGAUGACGAAGGACAGGUUAGCGGCGCUUCAAGCGGCGCAAAGCGACGAUGACGACGUCGGGCCCGAUGACGUCAACGUCGCCGUCGAGGGCGGCUUCAUGGACGAGUUCUUCAGUGAGGUGGAAGAAAUACGAGAGAUGAUAGACAAGAUCCAGGCAAACGUCGAGGAGGUGAAGAAGAAGCACAGUGCCAUUUUAUCAGCACCGCAGUCAGAUGAAAAGACAAAGCACGAAUUAGAAGAUCUCAUGGCAGAUGUGAAGAAAACGGCGAACAAAGUUAGAGGAAAGUUAAAACACAUAGAGCAGAACAUCGAACAGGAGGAGCACUCGAACAAAUCGUCGGCGGACCUCAGAAUAAGAAAGACGCAGCACUCGACGCUCUCGCGCAAGUUCGUCGAGGUGAUGACGGAGUACAACCGCACGCAGACCGACUACCGGGACCGCUGCAAGAACCGGAUACUGCGCCAGCUGGAGAUCACCGGCCGCGCGACUACCGAUGACGAGCUGGAAGCCAUGCUGGAGCAGGACAACCCCGCCGUCUUCACGCAGGGGAUAAUAAUGGAGACGCAGCAGGCGAAGCAGACCCUCGCGGACAUCGAGGCGCGGCACGCCGACAUCAUCAAGCUGGAGACCAGCAUCCGCGAGCUGCACGACAUGUUCAUGGACAUGGCCAUGCUGGUCGAGAGUCAGGGAGAGAUGAUCGACCGCAUAGAGUACCACGUGGAGCACGCCGUGGACUACGUGCAGACGGCCACGCAGGACACCAAGAAAGCACUCAAAUAUCAGAGCAAAGCUCGACGGAAGAAGAUCAUGAUCCUAGUGUGCCUGCUGAUUCUGGGGCUGGUGAUCGUGGGCUACCUCAUCAGUUACUUCAAGUAGCGGCGGCGCGCGCAGAAACUACAAACAAAAGAAGAAACUGUUGGAGUUACGAAGGCUGCGCCCUCGCUGCACCAGCAAGGCGAAUCAUCGACUACACUUUACUUUCGUUAUAACCCCAACGUUUAUGUAACGUUGCUAUAUUUCGUUGCUGUCAGAGUGCGUUGCUGCUCUUAACGUAGAACUAUUUUUCAGGCGUGAUACGUUCGUGCUAUUUAUAAUUUAAUUUUAAUUUAUUGCAUCUUGCAAUUUGCUGUUCAAAGAAUAACUAGUACUAAAUGUUUGAUAGACUAUUUUUUUAGUAAUCUCAAGAUUUUGCUACUGCGCUAAUUUUGAUGUUAAGUUUAAGACGAUGCGCUACAUUGCUAUACUUAAUGGCAAAGCAUGAGCAAAUACAUCGGAGGCAAACAUGGACAGGACCAUCAAAAAUACUUAACCGCUUUGAAAUGCAACAGUUUCUCAAUGUUAACUAUGGAAUUCAGGGGAAUUCAAACAAGCGGUUAAGCAUUAGUGAUGGAACUGCAGAUUCUAUUAUCAGUAUUCGCCUCGUGGUGACUUUGUUUAGAGGUAUUUAUAAGGACAAAUAACGUAUAUCAUUUUAAUCACUGGAGACGUAUUGGCAAAUCAAUUAACAUUCUGUAAUAAAAAUUAUCAAACGACGUCACUUUUUAGUAACUAACUAAAACUAACUUAAACCUAUGACAAAACGUAAAAUUCAUCAACAAUCUAAAACUGUUUAGCUGUUAAGCAGAAUUUCGAAUAAUUUAACACUUUGUUUUGUCAUGUAUAAGAGAUAUUUAAUAGUUUUAGUCCAUUUAUAACGUUUAGAUCUUUCAUAUAUUUAGAUAUACCACUGGCUCGCAGUUGGAGAAUGUCGUUGGUCGGUCGCUCCGGACACCGGAGCGACCCCGUAUAGCUUACUACUGGUCGCGUCAGCAUAGAACUUGUAUUCAAGCGUCGGUAUGAUAUCUAAAUGAUACCAUAUCUGUGAUAUUAUUUCGUUUAGUCAACAUAGUUCACCUGUUUGCUAAUAGUGGUAACGUUAGAUUAUGUUCUGAGUUCUGAUAGAGAGAUGAGGCGGCGUGCGCGUGCAGUGCCGCGCGAGGCACGCGCCGAGGCACGCCACGCUCGGGCCGAGGCACCGUGCACGCUGCGGCGGACGAAGCAUAUCGCGAGGCGCCCGCGCCCACGCAUAGCAAUAAUGUUCGAUUACAAAAUGUAAAAUUGUUUUUAAACUUUCGAAUGUGUGAUAGUAGAUGCAGUUGUUGUUUAGUUAAUUUUAACAUUAUAAUAAAAUUAAUGAAUUGUUAUUGUGAGUGUAACUUUUAAAUAAACAGUAUAAGAUACUUUGAAAUUCUCAAUUUAAACGUGCAGGCAUUUUGAAAACUUGGCGCUUUCAUGGUCAGAUUUGUAGUUGUUGAAUUGUAUAACUAACUUUACUCGGUUUUUUAUUUCUUACCUACUAAGAUGCUCUACUUUGUACAGUAAUACAUAAAUUAGAUCUCUUAGCUAGGAUAAAUUUUAAUAAAUUUAAACGUCUUCGACAGCAAUAUAAGAUUAGAUAUCAGGCAGUAUUUGUUUAUGUAUGUAAUAUUACAAUCUAGUAGGACAAAUCACAUGAAAAAAAUUAAGCACCAAGAUAUUUUAGGCUACCUAUAUCUAAAGAACGUUAUAAAUUAAGGUAAAUACAAAAAGUAGUAUUCACAAGAAGUGGCGACGACCGUUGUGACCAUAGACUAAGGAGUCGAGUUCCUCUGAAGCUGCGACUCCUUGUUCUAGGGUGGUAGAGAAGCGAGGUAGUCGCGAGGACAUGGCACUAACCGAUACUGCCGGCACCCCGCCUCCCGCGAACCACCACGCUCCCAGCCGCGCAGUCGCAUCAUUAUAAUAAGGGUUCCAAGCAAUGUUAUUUUUAACAUUUAUAACAUAAUUAGAGUUUUAUUCUUAAGAAGUAGGAUUUCAUCUAGUUGCCUUUGUAACGGUAGAGGAAUUAGGCACUUCUUUUCUCUCGGUAGCUUCGUGAUGGGUGGCGGUGCGAGCCCCCGUCGGUCAAUUCCCGCUUGUCUUCCCGCGGCCGGCGCCCGCCACCUGCCUCGGGCGCGGCACGACCCGCCCGGCGCCGCGACCGUCGCGCCAACACCCAACACUCGUAACCCCAGGAGCACAAUGUGCUCUCCUGCCCUCAGUACCAUUUAGUCGCUGCGUUCGCUCGCUAGUUCACACGUAUGUUAGUCCCCAGCUAGUCGUGUCCGAUCUAUGUAUCUCGUUUAGUCUAUUUAAGUAUAUGAAGGCCUCCGGUCGAGGCAUCGUACCUGACACCAAUUUAUAUUAAUAGUAGUAGAUAGUGGGGCGUGACCCGCAGCCGGGCACUCGCACAACCUCACGAGGAGCGUCGGACAAGGCCUUAAUUGAAGGGUUUAAGGUUCAAUUUUGUUCGCCUUGUCCCCAGUCUGUUAUUAUCUAUCUAUAGGAUCCUACCAUAAGUAGUGAUUACUGGAUCUAUACAGAGUCCAUUUUAUGGAACAUCUUGUCCGUGGUCUGACACAUGGGUUUGCUAUUUAGGCGUACUCCUAAAAGUAUUACUGGAUUACUAAGCAAGUAUUGAUACUUAAUAAUAUUGACCUAUCAGUCAAUUUAAAUUUUAUUAGAAAAUGAAAUCUUUGAUCCGAUGUUUCUUACUUGUUAAAUAGAUAUAAGCUCAAAGUUGCAGCAUAUGAAUUCAUUGUAACUUUUCAUACAUCUACAAUAGUGGCGAUGGGCGCAAGGAAAAAAGUUAACCUUGCCAAAACCCUUCAACAUAACGGCUGCCUAUUUGUAAAAAUGUUAGCGUUAGGCAUAAGCAAACUUCUAGGUCCGCUUUCAAUGAUCUCUUACUCUGAUAAAUAUUAAGCACCUCCUGGCAGUGGUGUUUAAUUGCCUAGUGUUUACAAUAAAAUAAACGAUUCGGUGAUUCUCGUGUUCAAGCCGGCCGCCCGCCCUGCGCCAGCUAUCGUCACCGCGUACACUAUACAUACUUACAUACAAACAAUUUACUCGUAUAAUAGAUAUUUUCAUAAUCAAUAGUAUGUGUAUUGUUGGUUGAAUUGCUAAUUUUGUAUAAGUACACAAUUAUAUAUAGUUUAUAUACUUAUGUGUCAAUUCAUAUAGCGUUUUAUUACAUUAACAGAAGAUAGCUAGUAAGUGUUAAAAGUAAACCAUAAAUAAUGCAAUACCAUUAAAAUUCUGAAUAUAUAAAGCUUAUUUCUAAUAUUAAUACGUGCAUUUAAAUAAUAAUAUAAUGUACGGAGUUGAUAAUAUAAAAUUCUCAUAGGACACAAAUGCAUAAUGGAUCGUACCCGAAGAUGUAUAGCAAACUGGAAAUAAUAUCAUAGAUUUAUGAUUGCAAUAAUGAGUGUGUAAUUGGAUUAUUCAUAAAGAUUUUAAGUAACAACGAAAGUUUGUAGGUUUUUAAGCCUAAAUGUUCGAAAUAUCUCAUCGAUGUCCCCUCACAGAAUCAGCCACCUGCAGGGACACAUCUACCGCGUCUAUGUACUUCUCUCAGUGUUAAUGUGUUUUGCGAAUCUUGUAUUUUUCUAAGCCUUCGCUGUUGCUAGACCUUCAGAGGAAGGCUGCAUUUACAUUGCUCUAUUUAUCUAUCUGUUGUCUAAAACGUUAAAUAGAGAUACCUAAAUCUAGACUCUCAUUAAAUGCGGGUGAUAAGGAGUUUUAUGUGUAUCAAGACAUAAUACUUAUCCAGCCACCCUCCCGCUGCUACAUAUACAUACAUACCAUCUGAAUGUGCCCUCAUCCAACAGACUUACAGGAAAGUGUGACUCUCAAAGUUCAAAUCUACCCGAUACAUAUACGUAUGUGCAUAUCCAAGUUAACCACAGAUACUUUUCCUCAUAACAAAAGUGUUUGAAAUACUUGUAGCAUCGCUAGAACUCAGUAAAGUAGCUCUUGUUCAUAUGCCCACAACGUUCCCUUUCGUGCUUGGUCUCUCUGACUUACAGCUGGCGUCAGAACUUUACUUAAGCAGAGUAGUGAUGCCUUUUUACCUCAUAUUUCUUGACCCAUGAUGAAUCAGCUACAAACGGGCAGUCGGGAGGUAUGAGCGACAGACAUCGCUGCUCGAGUGGUUCUGAUCUGUAGGAAGAGCCUUGUAAUUGCUUGGCGUUGGAUAAUGUGAAACAUUGAAUAUUAGAGUUUAUAUUUUAUUUUAAAUCAUGUUAUUUUUUAUACUUAGUUUAGUCGAAAAUGUUGAAAUAGAUUAGUAUCCGUUCUGCGGAAGAGUUUCUUGUACCUAUAAGUAUUUCAGAAUUUAUAUUUAAAAUUGUAUUCCUCUUUAUAUGUCUUGUAAUCUUCUUGUAAAGGAACACUGAUUACUUACUAUCAAUGUUAUGGUAAUAAAAUAAUGUAUUACAAAUUAAAAGUGAGAUUCUGGACAGUACAUCUGUAAAAUUCAGAUUAGAUUGGUUUUUAUAGUCAUACUCUGUAUGUAGGUUAUUAAUCUGAAAUUCUCUCAUCAUUAUAAAAAUAAACGGUGUUUUCUGCUGUA